AUGGCAUCCCUGGGAGUUGUGAGCAUAGCGGGCUGCCAAACGGGUGCGUCUCAGAAUGCGAUCCAACAGGAACGUGGACCAAUUGCAACCGAUGUCGCAUCUUCAAGUGAAUUGAAGGCAUCACUGACUUCUGUGCUCAAUAAUUCACCUGAAAGCUACCAUACGGCAUCACUUGAGAGGAAUGGUGUGGAAUUGGUCGAUUUUCAAUCCACCAAUCUCCUUGAAACGGCCCAUGUGACAAAUGCAAGCGAGGCGAUUCCAAUACCUCAGGUGACAGAGGAGGCAAUGACGCUAAAAGAGAUUCAGGACUUGGCACUUGUUAACAAUCCGUCGAUUCGUGCCCUGUCAGCGUCAGCUGAGGCGGAGCAGGACUACCAAUACCAGGUCGGCCGAUCGGCAAACCCUGAAGUCGGGUAUGCUGCGAAUCAACUUGCCGAUCAGGGGACGGAUCAGCACUUGGUGUACGUCCAACGAGAAUUUGUUACUGGCGAUAAGCUUGCAUUAAAUCAGAAUAUUUUGGGCCACUCCGUAGAAGCUCAACGCUGGGACGUGGAGUCGCAGCGGUAUCGCGUACUAACCGACGUACGCAUGAAAUUUAUCCAAGCAUUGGUUGCGCAGCGACAAAUGGAAAUGAUCGAUGAAUUUCAUGCAAUCGUUUUUAGGGGGGUAGGUUUAGCAAGGCGACGUUUCAACGCUAAAGAGGCUGCUCGGGCGGAUGUGUUGCAAGCAGAGAUUCAGUUGAACGAAGUUGAGGUCUUGCGUCAGAAAUCAGAAUAUCGAUGGAAAGCAGCCUGGAAAGAAAUGGCUGCCGUUGCAGGUAUCGCCGAUUUACAACCGUCCAAGCUUGAUGGGGAGUUGAGC